AGUAGAGGGAAGGGAAGGGGAGGGGGAUGGCGCUAAAGUUCUUGAACAAGAAGGGAUGGCACACGGGGAGCCUGAGGAACAUAGAGAACGUGUGGAAGGCGGAGCAGAAGCACGGCGCCGAGCAGAAGAAGUUGGAGGAGCUCCGCAAGCAGAUCCAGGAGGAGCGCGACCGCGACGAGUUCCGCCUCCUCCAGCAGCAGGCCGGCAUCCUCCCGAGGCAAGAGAGAUUGGAGUUCCUGUACGAUUCUGGGUUGGCCGUUGGGAAGGGAAGCUCCGAAGGAGUCGCGUUCAAAGCCCUCGAUAAACCUAAUGAGGCAGCAUCGUCUUCGGCUGCGUCGGCGUCGGGGUCGGCAUCGGCUAAUCCAGGGGCUCUUUUUGAGGAGAAGCCGUGCUCGGCGAACGAUACAUGGAGGAAGCUGCAUUCGGAUCCUCUGCUUUUGAUUCGGCAGCGAGAGCAGGAGGCACUCGCUCGAGUCAAGAAUAACCCGGUGCAAAUGGCCAUGAUUCGCAAAUCGGUUAUGGAGAAGAAUCCUGAUAAGGAUCGUGACAAGAAGGAAUCUCGGAAGAAACAUCGGCACCGAAGUUCAAAACGUGAGAAACGUUCAUCGUCAUCUGAGCCAGUGGAUUCCGAUGAUGCUUCCCAUGAUGACAGAAAGACAAAGAGAAAGAGUACUAAUCAAAACUCAGACCGUGAUGGGCGCCACAGAAAAGCACAAUCAGAUUCAGAAGAUGAUUUACGUGGGAGAGAAUCUUCGAAGAAGCAUCGACUCGACAACUCUAAACAUGAGCGGUCAUCAGAUGGCUCCAAAGGUGUAAAACGUGGGAAGGAUGAUACUCGCGAUCCCAACAAGAACUCGCACCAUGAAAAUAAUGAUCUUCAAAGCCGAUCAAAUCGUGAUGCUUCUAGGAGGGAAAGUAGAAGCUCUGUCGAUGCAAGCCGACACCGUGGGGAUACCUUCCAAGGAGAAGGUAGGAAUGAAUCGCAAUAUAAGCGGCGGAAUGCUGCUCCUAAACUUUCAGAAGAAGAGAGACUUGCUAGGCUGCGAGAGAUGCAAAUGGAUGCUGAGCUGCAUGAAGAGCAGAGGUGGAAGCGCUUGAAGAGAGCUGAUGCAGACGAUGCACGGGAGUCUAAGCGCGAUGUGCCUUCUCAGGGCAGGAACUUCUUGCAUGCUGUUCAGAAAAGCGUAUACGGUGCCGAAAAGGGCGGUAACUUGACCAUUGAGGAAAGCGUGCGUCGCAGGACAUAUUACUCACAGGGCAGGUCUGAAACAGGUGAAGGAAAUGCUUUCCGACGGUGAAUUGACGGUCAUGUUCAUCAAAUUUCCUAUUUCUCAGCGUUUUUGUAUCAAAAUAUGGGCUUAGUCCCCUGUGCCAAUUAGACUUGCAAUGUAGCUUUAUUUGGCUCAUUUGAUCAGCAGAGAACUGGAUCAUCAUUAUCAGAUUUGUGGUUUUUUGUA